AUACGGCCCUGUUUCCACCCGGAGCAAGAAUAUUAUUACUCAUCUUCCAACAAACGAUUUACCAGCGUGAAAAAUCAGUUAUCUUAAAAAACGGACGAACCGCAUCAUUUCCGAGCUGUAGCUUAUUAGAUUAGCAUCACACUCUAACAUAUUUUUAAGGAAACGCAUUCUUGGCAGUAUGAACGUGAAAAACUCACUCUACAGAUGACAGAAACGUAAGAUAUUUUGCUAGCUUAAGGUUUGUGUUAAUUAUCUUUGCUGGAGCAGACAUGGCAAGUAUUAGCAGCACAAACAUGGAUCCAGAUGUUGCUCGCAGGCUGUUUGAGGAGGGAGCUACCCUGGUGCUGCUGGGUGUUCCUCGAGGUACAGAGCUCGGAAUAGACUGCAAGAGUUGGCAAGUUGGUCCUCUCUUUCGGGGAGUUAAGAUGAUCCCCCCAGGAUUACACUUCCUUAAUUACAGCCCUGUUAACUCGCCAAGCUGUGGAGGAGAAAUUGGCCCUAAAAGAGGCCUAUUUAUUAAUCUCAAACCCAGAGAGAUUUUACUGGCCAACUGGGAUCCCAAAGAAGAAGAUCUCGAUUUCUCAGCCUCCAAGAAUGACGAGGAAGUAAACCGGAUCCGUGAGACCUUGCAAGAAUUAGAUCCGUACUUAGGCCCUUAUCCCUAUGAGGUGAUGAGGAAAUGGGUUUCUCUCACAGACCGUCUCAGUGAGGAAUUGGCCUUUAACUUGCAGCCUCUUUCAGGUCGAGUAUGCGCCUUCAGUGAUGUCAUUCCUGAGGUUCAGUUAAGGCACACCAAAGACAGGGCAGAGCAGCCGAGGAAUGACACGGCCUGUCAGAGCAUGAAAGAAGGACUCGACAGGCUCCCUAAGAUGAAGCAAAGGGAGGGGACCGAGUUGCGCUUCUCUGUUAUCCCCAAGCAAACCUACCCACCUGGGGCCACACCAGCUGAGAUCACACAGUGUAGCAUGGACCUGAGUUAUGCUCUGGAGACUGUGCUGGAGAAGAACCACAGUCAGCAGCCUCUAAACCUACUGGGUGAGCUGCAGUUCGCCUUUGUGUGUUUCUUGAUUGGAAAUGUGUAUGAGGGCUUUGAGCACUGGAAGUGCCUCCUGGCUCUGAUGUGCCGCGCGGAAGAAGCCAUGAGGAAGCAUAAGGAACUCUACCUGGGCCUCAUUGCUGUGCUUUACCACCAGCUUGGAGAAAUACCCCCUGACUUUUUUGUUGACAUUGUUUCACAAAACAACUUCCUUACCACCACACUUCAGGACUUUUUCCAGCUUGCCACUGGACCAGGUAUAGACGGCACCCUACGUAAGAGAGCAGAGAAGUUCAAAACCCAUCUGACCAAGAAGUUUCGCUGGGAUUUUGAUGCAGACCUGGAAGACUGUGCACCUGUGGUGGUGGAGCUGCCUGAAGGCGUCACAGUGGACUGAAACAGUUCUCUUCAGAUCCUUCAGGUUCGAAGAAGGUUCGAAGAAACUUGAACCACUGCAGUGCUGCAGUCCUUCCACAUAUUUGUGUCGUUCCUCAGCAGAAUGUGUUGAGGCUGUUAAGUGUGGGCUGUUAUACAUCCUAAAUUCAUAUCCAUAGUUUGUACCCCGUCAUGAAGAAAGCAAACAUUAAAUCAUCUGUAGUAUUAGAGGCCGAGUAGAGCUGCAGGGUAGAAGACAGCAGUGACCUCUGGUGGUGGUUAUCUCAGUCUCAUAAAAUAAGGUUAAAAUGAACUUUUAACCUUGUUUUAACUGGACAGAGUUGGAAAUAUAAAAUCUUCUUAUAAAAAUUGUAAUUUUUACUAUGUAAUUAAAUAAAUUUAAACUAAGAUUUACUAAAAAUAAAAAGAUAAUAUACACUGAUAUAUAUGGUGUGACACAAAAUAAAAGUAAUACUAGUGACUUUAGGUUUUAAAUUCUUAAAACACAUUUAUUUCAAGCCUAAGUACUAUUUUGUCACCGUAAACAUGUUUCACUUUCUGCGGACGGCUUUCUCUUGGUUUUGUAUUUCAGUUAAUUUUUGAACCAAAAUUUUCCUUCAAUAAAA